CUCCUGGCCUCACGCGCAUGUGAGUUUCGACCCCUCGGAGGAGCCACUGAGGAAUCAAAGCCAUCGUCAUGGAGUUCGUGAUGAAACAGGCCCUGGGAGGGGCCACCAAAGACAUGGGGAAGAUGCUUGGGGGUGACGAGGAGAAGGACCCGGAUGCGGCCAAGAAGGAGGAGGAGCGACAAGAGGCUCUGCGGCAGGAGGAGGAGGAGCGCAAGGCCAAGUACGCCAAGAUGGAGGCUGAGCGCGAGGUCAUGCGGCAGGGCAUCCGCGACAAGUACGGUAUCAAGAAGAAGGAGGAGCGUGAGGCCGAGGCCCAGGCCGCCAUGGAGGCCGACUCAGAAGGCAGCCUGACACGGCCCAAGAAGGCCAUCCCGCCAGGCUGCGGGGAUGAGCGGGAGGAGGAGGACGAGGGCAUCCUGGACACCGUCAUCAAGUACCUGCCGGGGCCUCUCCAGGAUAUGUUCAAGAAGUAA